AUGGCAGUGCGCGCCCUCUACUUGCUGGUAUCUGCGCUGUUGGUUGUUACGGUGAAGACGAGUAUUAUCAGACGGGACGCGUGGAGCCCACCCAGAGAGGGGAGUGUUCGAAUCACGGGCGGACAUCCGGCUGGGGUGGGCCAGUACCCGUACCAGGCCCUCAUCGUCUCCGACGAUGUCGAGAUGUGGGGCGGCUCGCUCAUCACCAGGAAGGCGGUCCUCACCUCCUCGGGGUGCACCAUCGGGCGCCAGAAAUUCGUCGUCCGCCUGGGAGGCAUUCAUCGGACUGAGACGGAGAGCACCGCCUGGAUCGUGGAGUCCAGCUGGGCCCUGACGCACCCGGACUUCAGCAUGUUCGCCUACUACAGCCACAGCGUGGCUGUCGUGUAUCUGCCCGAGGAAGCUCCUCUGAACAGUUUCAUCGGCCUCGUGGCGCUACCUUCACCUCUCGAGGUCAACGACACCUUCGUGGGAGAAAACGCGAUCAUCGCCGGCUGGGGAUGGCCUUCUCAAAACGUGGCCAGAGCACAGCCAAGAGCUAAAACGUUGCAGCAGAGCUGGAUGAUUGUGGUCGUAGGCCUGGCAGUUGUGGGCCAUAUGUUCUGUGGUGUCAACGUCAGGCUAGUAAACAUGACUCCACGCUAUUGUCUUUUUUCUGCACAUCCGUCAAUGUGCAUUGUAGAGGAGUUCCAGUAUGACAGGCUGGAGCGUAGGUGCAAUCACAACUCGCGUUAA